UGCGGGCCCGGAGGAGCUGCGCGGGGGCCGGAGCCGCGCGAGGGGAGGAAGGGCAGAGGAGGUAGAGGGGGGCGACCCCCUCCCGCGGCGCGGCCCUCCCACCGGGGCGCUCGGAGCUCCGGAACCGGGCGGGCGACCUCCCGCCUCCGCACGGGAUGGCGAGCGGGGCCCCGCGUUCUCAGUCGCCUGCAGCGGUGGCGCCAUGACCCGGGGUGUCCUCUUGGAGGAACUGCCCCCCCCGGGGGAAAGACGCUUUCAGGGAGGCUUUUGAGGGGGUCAACGGGGCGGGGGGGGGGCCGCGGAGCUGUUCGGCGGGUUUUCUGUGUCGGAGGCUCCCUGGGACUGGGGCCGGGAACGGCAUGUUUGCGCCCGCGUGUGCCUGAGCAAAGCCCCAAGUCGCUGGGGACGCCCUGGCCCGGGUCUGCGUGCGCCCGAGCGAGCUGCCACUGUAUUCUUGUAGUGAGAGCGGUGGAGCGGCGAGGGGAGGGGAGAGGGCACUGCCACUUUAAAAGUGGGGAAGUCCGCCCUCCUGAGGUAAUGGUAACCUCAGCCUCCUCCCCUCCUCCUGCCCGAGAGAGGGAGCGAGAGCGGGCGAGAGAGCGAGCGAGCAAACUUGUUUUCAUUCAUAACUUUUUCCUUUUCCUUCCUCGCCGUCAACUCUUUAUUCCCCGCUUGUCUCCGCGCGGAUUGCAGAGGGCGCAGCUCCACCGCGGUAGCCGGCGAUGUGGCGACGCCGCUCUGCAGCCCCUGCCCCUGGCUCGCUGCGCCCCGGCUCUUUAGGAAUCCGGCUUCUCCUUUAAAGUGUAGACAGCUAUUUAUUUAUAAUCCUCCCUGACGUGGGCUUGCUUUUUGGCGCCCGCGUUCGCUCUGAAGGCUCUCACCGAUUUGUGAGCCUCCUUGGUGGCAUACGCCAAGAGGUUUUGGAAAUCCACGGUGAUCCUUAGGAUGUGAUGGGAUUGUCCGAAAAGGAUUUCAGAUGCAUGCCAGGUUUCCACUGAUUGCCGGAAUUCAAGAUCACUACACAUGGAUCCCCAAAAUCAACAUGGCAGUGGCAGUUCAUUAGUUGUGAUCCAGCAGCCUGCUUUGGAUAACCGUCAGAGGUUAGACUAUGAGAGAGAGAUUCAGCCUGCCGCUAUUUUGUCCUUAGACCAGAUCAAGGCCAUCAGAGGCAGCAAUGAAUACACAGAAGGGCCAUCAGUGGUGAAAAGACCUGCUCUUCGAACAGCACCAAGACAAGAAAAGCAUGAAAGGACUCAUGAAAUCAUACCGAUUAAUGUGAAUAAUAACUAUGAGCAUAGACCUACCAGCCACCUGGGACAUGCGGGACUCUCAAAUAAUACCAGAGGCCCCAUAUUGAGCAGAUCAACCAGCACUGGAAGUGCAGCCAGUUCUGGGAGCAACAGCAGUGCCUCUUCUGAGCAGGGGCUGUUAGGAAGGUCACCGCCAACCAGACCAGUCUCUGGUCACAGAUCUGAAAGGGCAAUCCGGACCCAGCCCAAGCAAUUGAUUGUGGAUGACUUAAAGGGUUCCCUGAAAGAGGACCUGACACAGCACAAGUUCAUUUGUGAACAGUGUGGGAAGUGCAAGUGCGGAGAAUGCACAGCUCCCAGGACCCUGCCAUCCUGUUUGGCCUGUAACCGGCAGUGCCUUUGCUCUGCGGAGAGCAUGGUGGAAUAUGGAACCUGCAUGUGCUUGGUCAAGGGCAUCUUCUACCACUGCUCCAAUGACGAUGAAGGGGAUUCUUACUCGGAUAAUCCUUGCUCCUGUUCACAGUCACACUGCUGCUCUAGGUACCUGUGUAUGGGAGCCAUGUCUCUGUUUUUACCUUGCUUACUCUGUUACCCUCCUGCUAAGGGAUGCCUGAAGCUGUGCAGGGGGUGUUAUGACUGGAUCCAUCGCCCAGGGUGCAGAUGUAAGAACUCCAACACGGUCUAUUGUAAGCUGGAGGGCUGCCCCUCCCGGGGUCAGGGUAAACCAUCAUGAUUUUUGGAGGUGGGUUGGGCCUCCUGAACUUCUAGCUUUCAAGCUGUGGCUGUUAUGAAAAGAUCCUGUUAGAUACUGGUUUUAUUUUCUUUGCAGUUUUUCCCUUUUUCCCACAUUCUCUCCCCCUCUUCCCAAGAUUUGACUCAUGGAUUUUACUCUAAUGGUUGAUCUUCAGUAACAGUGAACUGUGAAACUGCACCUGGCUCCCCCUUAUGACAAGAGCCUCUGCCAUCCACUCGAGAGGAUAUUGAGAGCCAGUGGGCUUUUAUGUAGCCUUUUUGUUCUGCAAGAAACUUUCCAAAGUUGUACACAUGAACAUACCCACACACACACCCAGACUACAGUGAUUUAGAGCUGUUUUUGUUUGGGUACUCUGGGAGCAGGGAAAUUGGUUUUUUAAAGAGGCAACCAUUUAAUUGCUUAAAUAAGCUAUGUAUUAAAUCUGUCUUCAAUUAGGGCUCUCUUCAUAGCAUUGGACCCUUAAGUAGCAAGGGGGAUAUGUUUCUGUUAUAACAUUAAAAUUCUCCUUUAACCACUGCCUUCUCCUUCUUGCCCCUCAACGUUCUCUCCCCUCAGUUCUGGCAUUAUCUUAUCCUAGAGAUGCCAGUUUUGUUUUCUGGGUUUUUUUCCCGUGUAAUUUUAGAUUCGCUUACAAUAUAAAUCUUCACAUUGGAGAUAUAUUAGUUGUAUCUUGUUCAUCCUCAUUCAAAGCUUUCAUAUUUGUGAAGGACUCGGCUCCCUUCUGUACCCCCACGCUUUUCACCAAAUUACUCUUGUCACUGAGGGCACUUGGAUGACUGAAGUUGAUAUUUAUAGCUGAUCGAUCUAUACGUGUCACAGAACUAUGCUGCCUAAAGUGAUCUUGGCUCCUUAAUGGUUUUUGGACCCUUUGGUUAGUUAACAGCUGAGUAGUUCUAAUCUUUUCUGCUUUCAUUGCCUUAACCACAAAUUGUGGUGCUUUAUGUAUAUUUUAUGUAUAAAUCACAAAGUUGAAUUCUGACUAUUUUUAAGACAAAAGUCUGUUAAACUUUUUUAUUGUAAAGAAUAUUUAUUAUGCGAAUCUAUUAUUUUAUGAUAUUUAUUGCAAAAACUGUUGAAAUGUACUCAUGUCUGAAUAUAACAAAAUAUCAAUACAUAACGGAAAAUAAGGUGACACCAAGAAAGUACAUAUGUUAACUAUAAUGCAGAAAAUAUAUUAAUUAAUGAACCUG